UAUCAUGGCAAUUAUUGACUACACUGGUGAUUCUUCCACUGCUCACACCUUGUCAAAAUUAUUAGGAUGCAGCCAGGGGCGGACUGACAACUCAUGGGGCCCCCCGGGCAAUAGGGGAUCAUGGGGCCCCUGUGUCCUUGCCCAAAUUCAAAAAACCUAUAAAAAAGGUACCAGGAGCAUCUCAUGGGGCCCCCUACUGAUCCCUGGGCCCUCGAGCAGUGCCCGAGUUUCCAAAUGGUCAGUCCGCCCCUGGAUG